GCGGUACCGCUGAUGCCGCCGCCGCCGCCGCCAGUGCGCCGGGCGGCCGACAGCGGCCGGCAGUGGUGGCGGCUCGGCGGUCGGCGUCGCCUCCAGGCACAGGUGACCUUUUUCGGCAAUGGACUAUCACAUCACUUACGACGACAAGAUUAAAAUAAAGAUGGCCGGUAAAAUGAUUCUGAACAAAAUAAUGGGAUCGCGAAAGCGCCUGGUGAUCGCUCUACUGCUCAUCGUCAUGUUCGUGGACUUCUGCAUCCUGUCCUCGCCGCGUGCCGAGCCGGGGGUUCAGCGGCACCCCGCGGCGGCGGCCGCUCGCCGGCCGCCGGCGCGCGACACGGAGGAGGCGGCGGGACGGCAGCACCGCCGGCCCACCCGCUGGGCCAAGGAGCAGGAGCAGGAGCUGAGGAGGGAGCUGGAGGAGGACGGCGAGGACACGGGCGGCGAGCAGGAGGACGAGGAUCAGCCACGGCCGGGGACCAGCUGGGACGCAGAGAGACAGGAGGAGAAAAUGGACGUCGACGCGUGGGAUAAACUCAACGAAGUGAACGUGGACGGUGACGGCUCAGAGGUGCUGAAACUGAGCCCUGUGAGCGCCCAGAAGGCACGGCCGGCCGCCGCCGCGCCUAUCGUACGCCUGGAGGUGGAGGCGGGCGAGGAAAACAUCGACGUCAAGCUGAACGGGCAAUCGCUGAUGGUGCCGGAAAUCAACAACCGAACGCGUGGUCUGCACGCGCUGGUUCUCGAGCAGAACAGCCAUGCCGUGAUGGCGCGCCGUCGGUUCGACACGGUGCUCAAAAACGUGCACCGUGAAGUCAUUCACUUCCUGGACGCCGUGCGACCCGGCCGCAUCAUCGUUCUGGCGACGAAGGAUGAUAUGAGCUUCAACAUGCAUUCCGACCUACGAUUCAAAUUGACAGAACUUGGCUCGCAAUUUAUUCCCAACUUGGGCUUCCGAGACCAGUGGGCCAUGGUUACCAUAAAGGGCUCGGAGCAGACUCUGGGCGAGACGUUCAGCCCGGCUCCGGUGGACGGCGAGUACGGCGGCCCGCUGUUCCUACGCGUGGACCUGCGGCCCGGCUCACUGCCGGACACCCCACCCUGUGACUGGCCGGAGUCGGAGGAGAGCGGCCGGCGACACACGUUCUGCGACCACUUCGAGGGCUACCCGGGACUGUGUCGGUGUCUGCAGCCGCACCCCAUCCUACCGGAGAGCUCGGACUCGACGGAGGACGUGGACUCGAUCUACGUGGCGGUAAUGGCCACCCACCGGCCGUACUACCUGUACCGGGCGCUGCGCUCGCUGGCAUUCGCACCGGGCGCCGUGUACAGCAACAUUAUCGUCUACCUGGAGAACAGCCUCAACCAGGAGCUGGAGGCGCUGGUCACACUCUUCGGCUUUAAGAUCCGUUAUAUCGCCGCUAAGCCGAACAAAAACAUCAAGGGUGUCAUUGGCAACCGUGUCAUGGACAUAUUCGACGAUGUCUUCACAAACUUCAUGGAGGCUGAAUACGUGCUGUUCAUCGAGGAAGAUCUAGAAUGCUCCCCGGACAUAUUUAGGUAUUUCGGACAGACCCGCUCACUGCUCGUGGACGACCCGAGUCUGUUCAGCGUGUCCGCGCUGAACCGACAGUCGUACCGCAACACGUCUCACGUGGCGCACGUGGCCUAUCGCGUGGACAGCCUGCCCUCGGCCGGCUUCCUCUUACACAGAAACGUGUACGAGACCGAUAUUAAACCCGUGUGGCCACAAUAUGCCUGGACCAAGGACUGGACGACAUUCCUGAACAGGGUGGUCAGGGGCGACCGUGAGGUGGUGGUACCCGACGUCAACCGCGUCUACCACAUCGGGCUGGACUCGCAGUUCGUCAACACGGGCCUCUACGAGCAGAUGUCCAAGAACCUGUCCGUCAACCCGGACCCCUCGGCGGCGCUGCAGGACGUCACUAGGCUUCAUAAGCUGAAUUACGAAGAGGAUUUGCUGGCGACUCUCGAGGCUGGCGUGGUUAUUAGAGACUAUGGAGACCUGUGCAGCGCAGGCAAUAUGACUGUGCAGUUCAGAAAUCAGAAUAAAACGGAGAUUUUAUAUUUUAAAAUGGAUAAAGAAAGCGACAUAUCAACAUGGUUCUACCUGGCAAAGUGCUGGGGUCUGUGGCCCUACUCCACCACCGGACACCACGGCGGUCUCUGGCGGUUCUGGCUGGAGAAUAAGAAGGGCUUCCUCUUCCACAUGGUCUUCAUCGGCGUCCCCUUCUCCCGAUACUCGUCCCACAAGCCGGCCGACGUGGAGCCGUUCCGCGCCUCCGCGGCCGACAUGGCGUCAGUCGGCGGCCCGCUACCCUCCGACCCCGCCGGUUCGGACUCCUCCGUCAGUACAGCGGCGGGCUCAGCCGGGGCCGCCGCCGGGAGCGCCCCGCUGCGCGCCGUGGGCCGACCUCCGAGCGGCGAGAGCUCCUCCCGGGGUCCUCCAGAGGCCGCAGCGCCAGCAGUGGGCGCGGCGCCGCCCCGGGCCCCGUCCCCCGCCAGCCCCAGCUCCAGCCCCAGCUCCAGCUCCAGCACCAGCGCAGCGGCGCCGGUCCGCCAGGCCAGCAGCCGAGCCAGCUCUCCGCGGCCCCCAGCCCCGGCGGCGGCCCCGGACUCGGACCAGGCGGUCCCCGCGCCGGUCCCGGCGGUCCCCGCACCGGUCCCGUCCAGACCCCGGCCCGCCGGGAGGCCCGGCAGGCCGGUCAAUGUUAGGAAUCGUGUGGAGGUGUAGGGCCGUCCGUGAAGAAUCUGUGGUAUUGCAGGGGUGGUAGGGGAGGGUGGGUCCGGGGAUCACUCAGUAAUACACAAUGGCAGGACGGGACACGGAUUUUAAUGUGACGAAAUGUGACGGAAAUAUUACGGGCGUGACUGGCCAGGCACGUUGCUAAAUGAAUCAGGAUUAGUUCUGGGUCUAGCUGAUAAUGUGAGAGUUGUGACCGUGAUGUGUGUAUGUUACCAUGUCACCAGCGUAUUGAGUUACCGUCACACGAACAAAUCGGAAAGUGAAGGCGGCUGCCCCAGUUUAACCUAAGUUGUUGAUGCUCGUGGACAUCUUAUGCAAUUCAUCUUACGCUAUAUCCUAGGCAUCUGCAAAUGCUUCGAUGUUCCAGGAUUAGUGAGAAGCUCAUGAAGCUGCUCUUUCUUCUCCGUCUGAAUGCAAAAGUGCGUUGGUUACGGAUAUAAUCAUAGGUACCAUGUGUCAUUUCAUUUUGACCAGAUUUCAAUGCAAGUGCCGCGACAGUCGUGAAUGUGAUGCCGCGCGUACGGGCAGUAUGAAGAUGACAAGAGUCCGAAAAUACAUAGAUAACAU